CGUGUUAUAUGAGCUUAAAGCUAGGUAACCAUUGACUUGACUACUGAAAAAUCAGUUGUCUGGGACAUCAAGAACAAACUAUAGUAUAAAAAUCAACGAUGUCGAUGUAUAGGGAAGUGAAAUUUGAUUAGAGAGUAUAGGAUUGGUGUUUCGAGUGUUAUAAAAUAUGAUGUAACUAGGAUGUGGUAUAGUCAUGGAGGAGAGCAUGGGAGGAAUGGGAGAGACCAGGGGCGAAGCCAGCAAUAAAAUUUAAUGGGUGCAUUUAUUAAAUAAAAUAUGUUAUCUGUACAUAUAUAUAUAAAAAGUUGGAGUGAUGGGUGCCUUGAACUCACGAACUGAUAGAUUAAUGGGUGCACUAAUUGCCAACUCAGCUAACUGAGAUACAAUUGCUAGGCAUAACAUGAGAAUUAUUAUAACAUAAUGGGUGCACGGGCACCCUUAACCACCAACGUGGCUUCGCUCCUGGGAGAGACGCAAAGAAAAAGCGCCACGUGGAUAUUCACGUGGGAGAGGAUGAGGUCACACGUGCGUGGUGAAAGAGUGGGGGGUCCGCGGUUAGAUACGGAGAAUCCUAAUGGGCCCUGUUCUCUCCUGAGAUAAGUUCACGUGGUGACUUGCACUAUUAGAUAACCCAAAUAAUUAACAAAAGCAAGAAAACAAAUUUCAUCAUAGAAAGAAAAAUAUUUUGCAAUAAAAUUUAGUGACAUAUUAUUUUCUAAUAAAAUGUUAUUUUUUAUCAAUGUGAGAAAAUAUGCACUAUAUAGACAUAAAAUUGUGUAAAAGAAUAAACGAAGAUAGAUUCUUCUUCUGCAGUACUUUGCAGUCGGUAGAUUCUCUCUGACUUCAUCUAGAAAUUAAUUUCACAAAAGCAAACAAUUUAUUUUUGGUAAUGGAAGAUCUGUAUUCUAUGCAUGAUAUAGUAGGUGAGGUCAGAAAUGGUUUAACAAGAAUAUUUUGACUCCGUACAUUGUUAUUACUUUUAAAUAUGAGUUUUCUUUAGCUACUCUUCGUCGAGUGACUCGAGUCAUGUAUAAUUAAUUCAAACCGAUUAAACUAAUAUAUACAAAUUGGUGUGGGAAUGUUACUCUAAUUCUAAAACAAAUAUUUCGACGUGAAGACACUUAUUAUUUUAGGGUUUUCUCUCUUAUGAAUAACGUGGGAAACUAACGCCUAGCAAGAUUUGACGAUAAUUAGUUCGGUGGAUUGAUCUGGUACUAUAUUUAAUUUAUUUUCUGUAAAAACAAACAAUGACGAGCAAGUUGGGUACUAUCUGAUGCCAAUCUGAACAUUAAUACCUUUGCACGAUAAUAGAGAUUGAUACGUUUUACCGAAUUUUCAAAUCUCAUAGUUGCCAACUUGUUCUCAUGUUAUAAUUUUCUUCUUCCGGAUUUGUGUCUUGUUACUAAAUAAUAUCGCUAGGAUGCUCAGUAUUCACACUUCUAUUUGCGUUGCUGAGACGUGUAAAUAUGAUUAAACCCAAAAACACAUACAUGUGUGUUACACAACCGUACUUCUUCUUUUUACCUUUUGUAUAAAACUUUUAAUGUUUUGAUUUUUUAUUACUUGAAUGAUUAAUCUUUACACUUAAAAAAUGCGUUUAUGUUUUCCCAAAUGAAUUAACAAAUAUUUGAGCAAAAAUUAUAAUAUGUGUGAAAAAUGGUGAUAUUUGGAAACAAAAUGUAAAUAAAAAGUAACCAAAUAAUAAUUAGUAAAACUAAAUAAUUUAUAGUUAUUUUACCAAAAGGGAUAGUAAUGAAUUUACUGCGUAUAUAUAUUUACAGAUUAGGUUUUACCAGUAAACAUCCGGCAUUAGAGUCAAAUAUAUGUGAAACGCCGUAAAAUACAGUAUAUAUAUUUUCUGAAACGAUGUACUAGACUUUGCAUUGAAUUCUACACUUAUUUUGUGAACAAUAUCCAUAUUGAAAAUUGUGACAAUGUAAUAACGAUAACGGUGUAACCAGAAGAGGCCCCAUGUGGGGGCAGCAUGUUUCAAAAUAUAUUGUUUGCUUUUUUUUUUCCGUCAACUGAAAUACAUUAGACACCAAAUAGAUACAAUAUGAGAUACAUAAGUGGGCGGAACACGUUAAAAUGGCCAGAAACAAAAUCCAUCAGAAGGAAGCUACAACCCAAACAAGGUGACAUACAAGCAGAUCGAAACAUAACUUGAGAUAUAAGUCUAAAGUAGAUUUCUACAGCUAGAAUCCACAUACAAUCCUUAACCGAUCAAAGAUAAUAUAGUCCCGAGUCUAAAUCAGCCGGAUGUCUUGCUAUGUUACACCACCAGCUAAGGGAGCAAGCAAGAAGAUCUAUAAUCCAAAACAUAAACUUACCUGAACCUUCCCUUCCACGAUGAAGAGCCAGAAGAAGAUAAAUGUGUGUUCCAGUCGUGGCAUAACAUUUUUUUGUUCGCAAUUUGUUUAGUUGUAAAUUUAUUUAGUUGUAAACUCAUUUAUUAUUCGCAAUUUGUUUACUUGUAAAUUAAUCAGCCGCAACAUAACAUUUUCUUUAAACAUCAUUGAUUUCGUCCCUUUUAAAAGGUCCAAUCGGAACCGUACAUACUAAGAGCAUGAUUGGAUAACACAUAUGGCGUAAACAAAAUUAGAGUAAAUAAGUUUUCUGCUCAGUUACUCUAUUUUUUGCCAAUCAAGAAAAAUGUGUUUUCAACUCAUUCACGAGCAAAAAAAGUAAAAAUAGAAUAAUGUAUUCCUCUUGCUUAGAUGAGAGAGAAACUUUACUCUGGAUUUUAAUUUUACUUUUUCUCCAAUUUUUGUCUUUUUCCCACUCAUUUACUCUAAUUAAUACCAGUCAAAGCCUAAGAGCUUCUCCCGCAGUUAUGAGGAAGAGUUUGUAAAAAAUAAACAAUAAUACUCCCUCCGUUUUUUAAUAUAAGUCGUUUUAGAGAAUUUUUUUGGUUCUAAAUUAUAUGUAGUUUUCGAUUUUCUAUGUAACAUUUAUUAAUAAUUAAUGUUGUCUGACCAAUGAUAAUAUAUCUUCUAUUUUUCUAUUGGUUGAAUUGUGGUUAGGUAAAUAAUUAAUGAUGUUUUUGUUUCGAAAAUAUAAGAAAUUAAUAAUUUUCUUAAUCUAUGUGCAUAGCUUUAAAACGACUUAUAUUAAAAAACGGAGGGAGUAAAAGUUAAGAACAGUAACUUAAAAGAUUAAAACCGAUCCUUUAUUUACACAUUUUUGGAACCUUACAAUAUACCCAUGUGCCAAAUGGAUCAUUGUGAGUGGUUUAUUUUGCAAUUUUCAUCUAGAACAAAAAAUCAUAAUUAAAACUGUAUUAAAAAACAUUAACUUUAAAUGAGAAGAUACUGAAAACAAAGUAUAUGCCGUUGAGGCUGCUCUAAGUUUAACCGGAGAAACAUAAUUAUAAGUUACACAAAAACAGCAGAAACUAUUUAACAAGCAAAUUAGCAAUGGUGAAAAAAAGAUGGAAUUUUAAUAUAUACCACUUUCUUGGUAUCAUUCUUCAUUUUUACUACCACUAAAGAUAAAUUUUCAAAUUGAAGACCAUCGUUGUUUUUUUUUUUGAUUUUUUGGAUUUCGUUAUGGUUUCGGUUCAGUGUUUUUUUGAUUUUUUGGAAUUUCGGUUUAUGAAAAUUAGCUAUUAUAAUAGAACCAUGUCUAAUUUGGUUUGAUUUGGUUUAUAUAGCAAUUUAUUCAGUGUUAUACCAAAAAAACAUAACUUAUUUAUCUUUUAUAACAAAUUUUAGAUUAUAUGAAUAGAAAUAAGAUUUGUUAAAACAUAAAUAUAUAUUCCUUACUCUAACUUUUAAAUAUAAUAUUCUCUGCUUUAUUUACAUAUUAAAAUAAGAGUAAGAAAAUAAUAAUAUCAUUGUAUUGUUAUAUUUUACCACAAUGAGUUAUCAAAAAAGUAUGAUUUAUUUAAUUUGAUGAAAAUGAGAAAAAAAAACUAUUUUAACUUAAACAAAAUAAAAAUUUAUUAAAAUCAAUGUUUUGAUUAUGAAUAUCAUAUUUAAUAAAUAAAUCAUGCAUAUAUUAUCAAUAUUAUUAUACAAUUUACAUAUAAGUAUACUAAAUUUUUUAAUUAAUCGGUUUGAUCGGUUUAUAUACCAAAUAAUAUCUAUAUACUGCGGUUUCUUAAAAAUAACAUUCAUUUAGUUUAUUUGGUACUACCAAAUCCAAACUACUUUCUCUAUUUUGGCUAUGUUUUACCGGAUUGAACACCCCUAAUUCUCAGAGAUUUUACUAUCAUUUGAAACGUUUCGCGACACAAAUCUCUAGACUUCCAAAAAGAACCACCUACUAAAAUUUUAACCAUCAUCUCUGGCUUUGAAAUUUGCUGUCUCCAGGCUCAAGGAAUACAUUCAUCUCCAAAUCUCCUAUCAAAAAUGAUUAUACACUAAAGGGGUACCAAACCUGGAAAACCACCUCCAUGGAGUUGUUAGAACCACUGUCAAUGAAACCGAUCUCAACUGCCAACGACAAACUCUAAAGUCUCAAUGACUAGGACUUUCAGUUUCACUUUUUGCCAUCUUCGAAACAGAGAAUACUCACAAGCCACCAAUACUCCUAACUUAUUUAUCGAGCCACCACACUAUAAAUUCCACUUCAUGAACAUAAAUUUCAAAAUUUUGUCUCCAAUACCUACCACAUGUCAACAAUUCCGGCAUAUUCGAUUGCCGGAGGAAAAGGAAGGUGGAUGACCUCAAACGUCGUUUGACAAAAAAGUUGUCAACCGAUAGAUAUAUCUGGAUCGAAUAAAAUUUUAAAAAGAGAAAAAACAAUAGGGUCUGAGAUUCACCUGCCACGCAAAGGCCACUCCCUAAACUUUUAGGCGAAUAAUAACAUGAUCAGUAAGAACAUGAUUAAUGGAGGUUCUUAGCGUAGAGUUCUUAGUGGAAUAUAAAAAAUCGUCUCUUAAUUUUUAACUAAAAAAACUAAAAACUGAUUUUUAAAUAUCUUAUGAACCUCCUAUAAAUCUUGCUCUAAGUAUAAGCGUUUAUUAUAACAUUCCUCUGAUGAAUUGGAAAAAAGAAGCAACUAAUAUUUUCUGGAAAUAACGAUGAUUAAGUGUCAGAAAAUAAUUUGAAUAACUAAACAACUGACUUGAAAAAUUAUUAAACCAUUUGGUUUAUUUUCGAUUUUGUUUUUUCAUUCAUCAUCGGCUCUUACAAAAUAAUGUCAAGACGGAGUUGCUUGCGAUGCAAGCACCAGAUCCAUGAAUUUUUAUUUAUCAAUCCAUUGAUUAGAGGCUAUGAAUUAUAUGUACGUCACACUCCGAUAUUUUUCUAUUUUCUUUUGGCAUCUUUCUUCAUCAUCUAUAAAGAGAAAAUUCGAAUUAAUGUUCAAUAAAAGAGAAAAUUCAACUUAUAACACGGGAAAAUAGUUCAGAACGAAGACUUUUAUAAACUUAAUAAUACAAAGUAUUAAUUAUUAGUAUAUUUGAUAUGUAUUUGAAAAUAAAUAGAAUUGCGAAGGGACAAUUGGCACAGUGAAACAUGUCUGCGUGAAGGAGAACAAAAACUAUUCCAGAAUUUAUAAUGUUUCCAUCUUGAAAUAUGGUCCAUAUUUCAUAUACUGUGAUUUAAUAUAUAUGCUUCGUCCGGAUAUGCUGUGAAAAAUGCUUGCACUUUAUUUUCAAACUGUGGCCUAAAAAGAAAGAGAACAAAAGUAUUUGAUUGUGUGAACCUUUUUUUUUUUGUCAACAAUUGAUUUUGUGAAUUUAGAGACUAACGUUUUUCAUGAUUGGACAUCUAUGUUUUUUUUUGGGUGUAAAUUGGACAUCUAUGUUUAAUUGCAAAAUAGUUGUUUCUCUGGCUAUGGAAUAUAAAACAUGAAAUCACAUCGUUUGUUUUCUUAUUCAACACUCAUGAUUUUUAAUAUAUCAAUUAACAUUUAUGUUUUUUGGGUGUCAUUAAACUUCAUUAAAACUAUUUAAAUCUUUAUAAAUUUAACUACAUAUAUAAAUGUGUGUGUGUCUACUAUAGUGUUCGAGAAAGACUUGUUGAAAAACAAUUUGAAAAUCCUUACCUCAAAAGAGGAGACCGCCACACUGUUACGCAUUUCUAUGUACUGUUUUCUAUUGGUUCUUUCAUCAAUUAUACAGUAUCAAUUAUCAAUUAUAGUACUAUAAAUUACUCUCCUAAUCGGACCAAAUCCAACACUCUUUUGUACACAAUAUUCCCUCCUCAAGCUCAUGGAUUUUUUGCCUAUUAAAAUAUCACCACUACACCUUUGUUUUUGUUUGUUAUACACACUAGCCUUGGUUGAUUAUCAUUUUAAUACCUUUUUGUUGGGUUAAGGAUUAUAUUAGCAUCUUAGUAUAUAUCAUCAAAAUGCAAUUAGUUGUUAUUAAUUUUCUUUGACCCAAACUCAAAUCUGAUAUUUAGGUCUCUGAAGAGGAUUUUGGCUGAAUGUUUACUUUUUCUUUGAAUUUUCAAUUGAGUUAAUUUACAUGUUAUAUAGUUGUGUUUGUUUUCAAAAACAGAAGAUAUGACUUCUAUGUUUUCAAAACAAAGUAUAUGAAAUGUUUUUCAAAUAUGAUUUGGCAAUCACAAACUUAAUUAACGUAAAAUCACACAAGUACAUGUAAAGAUACAUGUAUAUAUUUAGCAUCUAGUAUAUAUGUUUUAAAUUUUGUAGCACACUUUUUAUCUAGUAAAAAUGUACAUGCAAACAUACAUAUGGAUUUAAAGGAUUAGUCGAUUUUGUGUGUGUUAAGAGUCACUUGUUCAUGUAUACACACAUAGUUAUAUGUGUAUAUGUUGUUACUAGUUUUUCCUGGUAUGAAUGUUGUUGCUAGUUAUUUACAUAUAUUUCUUAUUUUCCUUAUAUGGAUGGAUACUCGGUAAAACCAAUUUUUUUUUCUAUUAAUAUUUUUAAAUAAGUUUUUUCUAUUAAUCAGUUUCAUGUUCACACAUAUUUAUAUGUAUAUAUAGGCUGUUACUAACUCUUAUAUAUAUAUAUAUAUUUCUUUGUAUGUUUAUUCUAUUAAUCAGUUUCGUGUAUACACUCACAUAUUUAUGUAUAUAUAUUUUGUUAUUAAUGUUUUAUUGAUCAGCCUGAUUAUGAAAUAGAGUUGUGCAAUGGAGAUACGGGAGAAAGCUUAAUAAAAGAGAAAGUGAAGGAAAUGUCUUAAUCAAGCAAGAGAAAUGAGGACAAAUGGUGGAGAUAACCUAAAAAGGAGAUCACACGUUAAAAACAAUGGACGUCGACCUAACACUCUUCUCUAUUCACCUCAUAAUAGUUUACUUCCUUUCCUAUUUAUUAUUCUUCCAAAUUUGUUUUUUUGUCUUUUUUUCUGGUAAACUUGUUAAUAUAAAGAAUAUUAUGUAAUUCUUGGAAGUACAAACUAUACACUAGUAUUCUUGUUCUUCGUCUUCUUUUUACUAAAGUUUUCGAUUGUUGGUCCCAUGAUCUUUCUUCACGCCUCUUUUUAAUCCAUAUUAUCCUGUUUCAUUUUAGACUUUUGCUAAAUUUAAUUCUAUACGUUUAUUUACAACCUUAAGUAAUUAAAGUCAGUUUUACUCUCUUACGUGUGUUAGACCAAAAUGAUUUUUUUUUUUGAAGGACCAAACGAACUAUUGUACGAAAAUAUAAACCUUUUCUGAAAAUGAACGAAGAAGAACUCAUUAAACUUUUCUCAAAAAAAGAGAACUCAUUAAACUUAAACACACUUUUGCUCUAAAGUCAUAACACUCUCUGCCUCGUCAAACUUUUAUGCAACUUAUUUUAUUAUUCCAUUGGUUAAAACUGACUAUGCGUAACUUUAUCGUGGCAUCAUCGUGGGUUCCUUUUUGAGUUCGGAACCAUCUUUUUCGAAUCAGUCAGCCAUACAAUACAAGUGGUGAGUAAAUUUUUGUGCAUUAAAUUUAUAUUUAUGCAUUAUACUAUUAAGUGGACCGUAUGUUGUAAUAAUGUCGAGUUUUGAUUAAUUAGUGGACCUUACACACAACUGUCACUUGCGAGAUUUUUGGUCAUGAACCAAACAUAUCCACCUUUCUCAUGCAAAAAGUGUCCCAUACAUAAUCAAAUGUUAACUAUAUAAUAAUACAUAUGAUUUGGUCAAGAUAUUAUUCGCCAUCAGUGGAUAAUUUUAUCUAGGGUUACAGAGUCGAGUUUGGUUUCCUAUAAAGCCCUUAUUAGUGACCGCAAGAAAAAAAAGUGUCAGAGAACUCUUUAUUAUUUACGCGAUCGCUCUCUAAUUGAUCGUAUAAUUGGUCCAAUAAUGAAUGGUUUGUGAAGUAUGAUGUCUCCUAAAUAUAAUAUUACUUUUUAUCACCGUGGAAGCGAUUAACGAAACCAGUGUCAUCUAUCGAUCUUAUUUACGACGUAAUGAUCAGACUCAGCAUUACACUCUCACAAGAUCGAAUAUAAAUAUCAUAUUGUAUUAUAUAUCAUAGAUGAAGACAUCAAAAGAUACGUAUACAUAAAUGAUACGCUGAUAAAAUAAAAUUUUAAAAGGUAUUUAAUUGUGAAAGUAAUAACUUGGUGGACAAUUAGUGUCACGUGAAAGAGAGAAGUGGAGAUGCUUGAGAAGUAUGUAAAAGAGAUUCGUUAAGACUUUUGAAAAGUGAGAGCGACAGAGCAACUUAGUGAGAUGAGUUCCCAGCACUUUUUCUUUCCUUCAUGCUCAUUUACAGCUCAACUUCCUUUUGUUUUGUUUUUCUUUUUUUUCAGAAUUUUUCUAUAAUUAAUUAAUUCGAUUCUGUAUCAUAUAUAUGUAACACCUAUAACAUUCGUCGGAUCUAAUGGUGGUUCAAUGUUGACAAAAUGCAUAUUUUGUAUAACUAUCAAGGUUCAAAUCUCGGAAUUAUGGCACAUAAAUAUGAAGAAUUUGAUCCAAACGAAAGAAAUACUUAAACAUGAGUAAACGAUUUUUUUUUUUGGGUAAAAAGAGUAAACGAUUUUUAGUGGUUAGACCCCUCUUAUAUGUUGCUAAAAAAAUACCCUCUUAUUUUUUUUUGUCAAACUACUACUUGCAUUAUAAUUUAAAGAUGUUCAAGUUUCAACAAGAAGACGGUUAAGACCUGAGCAUGCUAAAGCAUCAGCCUGCAAAUUUUCUAGUCGAGGUACAAAAGUAAAUGAGAUUGGACAGAAGAGAGUGGCAAGGUUUCUAAUGUCUUGGAGGACACCCGCGAUCUCAUUCAUAUCCCGCCCUUCACGCAGGGCCAAAACAAGGACUUGGGAGUCCGAAAGUAUUUGGAGACUUUGAAGCUUUGAGUCUUUAGCCUUCUUGAGUGCUUCACGCAUAGCCAAGGCUUCAGCCAUCAGUGCAGAACUAACAAAGAAUCUGUUAGAUGACCCUCGACAGAUGACUUCUCCUUCAGUGUUUUUGAUUAUCCAACCCAUUCCUCCUGCUUUAGUGCUUUCCUGCCAAGCCCCAUCACACCAACAAGAAGGGGAGUCUAUAGGAUUUUUACAUACUGGUGUUCGCUUCUUCUGAUGUUUAGCCUCCUUAACAUUUGCUUCCUCCCACGCUUUUGCCUCCACAAUCGACUUUGAGAUAAAAAUACCCUCUUAUAUAUGUUGUUUUUUCAUAAGAAAUUCUUCUCUUUUUGGCCAAAACCCAAAAAAAAUUUCAACUCCGAAUUUUAUUUUGUUUAACAAUAAAUAGAGUUCAAACACUUGUAUGGUGGAUUAAAUAUGAACUUACAUUUAAGGUCAUUACGCCAUUGGAUCGACUCAAUCAUAUUGUGGAUCACUAGAUUUUUUAAAAGUAGACAUAAUUGUUAAUAAAAUAUGAAUUAAAAAGAUAUAGGAAGCAUUUUAUUUGAGAUUAAAAAACCCCAAACUAUUGAACACGGACACAUACUUAGCGUUUAUUUUAUUAUUUUUCACGUCGACCAUAAUAUUAUAAUUACUACGCAUGAUCCUUUUCCUUUUUGAUCAAACAGCACAAGUUUUCAUGUCGAAAAAUCAAACUUAAGACUAAGUUAUCAACGUUCUUAUUAGUACGUUAAACAUUACCUGUACGUAACUUAUACGUCGUAACUAUAAUAUAAUGGUGGAUGCGAAAAUAAUAAAUUGAAGAGAAAGAUGAAAGAGAUAAAUUUGAUUGGGACAUCGUCGAAGAUACGGGGCCAAAGGGAUUUGAUUCGAGAUCUUCACUAUGUCUGCCUAAAAAUGGUUACCGUGUGCAGCACCGAGUUUUACGAUACUCCCCACAAAUUUGGCAAACAUUUUUUGACCCUUUGAAAUAGUAAAGAGACGAUCAAUUAUGUAAUAAUAGUUUUGCAAAUUUUAUCACACUUUCCAAACAUCAGAUUUCAUAACAUUGAUUGAAAAUAUUCCUAAUAUCCAAUAAGUUAUUUUAAAAUUUGAUUCGUACAUAUGAUUAAUCUAAUAAACUUGAGUUUCAAAUAAUUUUUAUAAAUGCUAAAUUCAAUAAAUUUCAAUAAAAUAUCCCAAAUUAUUUAUCCAAUAUAUACCCCCUUAAUUUGGUAAAAAUAUAAAGCCAGCAUUUUAAUUUCCCCUUAAUAAACAAUAACAAUAGUUUAUAUAUAACCUAUAGAUGUGAAAACUAAUAAACUCCAAUGAAGCUUUGAUCGGAAUUCCUAUCAAUCAUCGUAAAGGGGACCUCUUGUGUUUUUCUAAUUUGUUAAAAAUUAACAGUGUUUUUUUUUUCUUAUAAAGGUUUCUUCUUUCUUUUUUGUAUGACAAUCAAUAAUGAGUAUAUAUAUAUUUAAUAGUGUUUUGUUGUUUUUGGUUUUCCUUUUCCAUAGUCGACAUGAAUUGAGGGUUUCGGAAUGUACCUAAUUGUUCAAAUUUAAAGUUUUGAACAAAAGCUAAAAGCCUAAAACCCAAAGCCUCCAUGAACAACGCACUUUGGCAAUCAUUCUCCUAACAUCUUGAAAGUCUAUAUAAGAAUAUUAAAUGUAAUGUAUUAAUAAUGAGUGAUAAUGUGGACUUUUAUGAUGCUUUUGAGUUGGAAUACACAUCACAUUUUUCUGUCCUCUAAAUAUAUAUAUUUUAAAUCCCGCCAACAUAUAAAUCUGUUUACAUAUUAGGUGUUUUGGAGUGUGUAAUGUGUAUAUCUUGAGUGAUUAAAACAUAAAUAGAUGAAAAGUAAUUGAUCACAAAUAUUUAAAUUUAUUAGAAUAAAAGGGUUAUAUCCACAGAUAAAAAAGUAAAAUCAGAGACAAUUUUUCAGAUUACAUUGAGAUUACAAAAACAUAAAAUAUUUAAGACAAUUUUAUAUUUUAUAACCUCAGCAAUGAUACUUACUACAUGUUUAAUCCAAUAAAAGUGGCUCUAUAUUGUUAGGCCCAAGACCAUCUCCAAUGCAUUUUGUUAUUUUCACCUCUAAAAUAAGAGAACUCUAUAAUAGAAGUGAGAUAUGUUCCAAUGUAUUCUCCUAAAAUAGCAAUUUCUAAAAUAUAGAGUAAAAAAUAGAGGAAUGCUAUUUCUUCCUCUAUAAAUAGAGGAAAAAAUAGAGAUCUCUAUUAUAGAGGAAGAAAUAGAGGUGGGUUGGAACAAUUUCACCUCUAAAUGCUAUUAUAGAGGUAAAAAUAGCAAUGGGUUGGAGAUGCUCUAACAUCAUCUCUAGAUCCAUGACUCGUUAACUGGUUAGCGGGACCCUCGACAAAAUAAUAAUAAUGAAUCAUAUCAUUUUAAGGUAUAUCAACAUAGAUAGAUGAGUAGGGAGCCGGUGGUCAAGUGGUAAAGAAAAAAGUUUAGGAUGUCUCUGUCAUGCGGAAACUAAGUCAUAUUUUAUUGAUCACUUUACACGGAUAUAAGUUUCUGUUUUUCGGUCCAUUUGAAUAUCCGAAAAGGUCUAUCUGUAAACUACACUUUACUCUCAAAGAUUAAGUCUGUGUUUUCAAUAGAUCCGGGUUUGUCUCUUUUCAACUAAAAAAAACAUAGACAGACACAUAAUCAUAUACGACCAGUAAAACAUUGAUAUAUGUGAAAACAAACCCUAACGGAAAAAAAUAACCGUCACCAAGAAAAUAAGACUAGAAGGAUAAACACAAAACUCUUAGCAAGAUUAAAGACAAACCCUUACAAUAACAUAUUACUAAAUCUGAAAAUCGAGAGAAACUCUCACAAUCAUUCGAAAGCACGGACACAUAGCUAACUGCUCAUAAAAUUGAUAAAACGAAAUUUACAAAUUUUUUUAUUAUAUGCUCAUAAUAUUUCCAAAUAGUAAUCACCACAGUACACCAAAAAGACGAAUCGUCAAAUUAAUAAAUGUAAUAUCGUACGACAUAAAACAACAUUGCAUAUGCUUUGUCCAAAGCUCUCUAUAUAAAGAUUCCUUUAUUAUUAGCAAAACUUUGAGAUGAAAGCUGUGAUUCGUUUUUCUACGAAAGCGAUGUGUAGCUAGUAUUGUUUUUGUACAUUAACUGAUUAACAUCGAUUGAAAUUUGCAUAAGACGGUUUUGUCGCAACACAGACGAACAAUUUCAAAGCCCACGUGCUUCGAACUCGUCUUUAUCCUACUACAGUUUCUAUUGGUCUCCUAAUCUCCCAUUGAUUAGAGGUUCUAUUUUCUUUCAUCUUAAGUUUAACUUAUGGGCCGUCCAAAGAACAAAAAAUUAACUUAUGAGAAAACUAUAGUAUUCUUGUUAAUGAAACGAACUUCACCGAUAAUCAUGUGGCUGCCUGUAUGGCCCAUUCUACAUGGAGCAUUUAUGAUAGAAAACCCUAUAUAUCCGUUUUGAAAAACCUAUAUAUCCAUUUAGAAUGGGCCAAUUCUACAUGGAGCCAAUAUAUUUUAUGGAAUUAUAUGGGCCCUUUUUUUAUAUCAACUCAUGAUGAAGCUUUUCUUGCAAGUAUCAGUGUAAACUUGAUUCUAGCUGUUUUGUUCUGAAGAUUUGACAAGUCCUUGCAGUGAAGAACUGUAGAUGAUAAAUUACCUUAAAAAAACAAAAAAAACUAUUAUGGAUAUUAAGCCUUCUUCUUCUUGUAUUUCUAAUCUAAAACUUAGGUUAGUUGAAUAAGUCUAACUAACGCGUUCUUAAUCGGUUGACGAGGCAUGAACUAGCAAAAGUCUACAAAAUUCAAAUGACCUCAUAUGUAAAAUUAAAAAAUGAACGAAAAUGAUGUUGGAUCCUUAUAACUCAAUAUCCUUGAGCACCCAUCACCGAAGAAUAGAAAACGUUAAAGUACUAAAGGUCAAAGGAUAGAGCUUUUAGUACGGUUCUCUGGUCGACGAUUACUUGAGUUAACCAAAUAAUAAUGACUAUGAUCUCAUCUAAAUCUACUAAAGAAAGAAAAUCAACUUACUUUUGUAACAGAUUCCUCGAAACUCUUUAGCACGACGCAUAGACACGGUUUCUUGCUUCCACUGGAAACGUUAGAUAUCUCAGUCAAAAUCAACCUUAAUGAUAUAUAAUUAAAUAUCUCUUUGCUUACAAGGUAUAACUAAAACCAACUCAGACUAUACACCAAAAUACAACGCACUCAUCAUCACCACAGAGACACAGUAAACAAAAGUCUGACUGGAAACAAAAGAAUUUCGGACAUACUUACUAACUCAGUAAACCAUGGGACAUAAUCAGACGCCGAUGCAGACGGCGAUACAGACCAAACCACGAGGUAUGCAGAUUCUACUAUCAAGAUCUUCAUGAAUAAUUUUUUCAUAUUUAAAUGUUCUGAAUACGUGAUUUUGCUAAUUUUUACAAUAUUCAUCAAAUUUUAAUGUGUUUAAAUUUCGAAAAGUAAUUCCUAAAACCAUUCCGUGUUGUGUUUAUGAUUGUUUACAAAAAAAAAUUAUUUAAAUAUCCAUUUUGUACUCGAGAGAAAUUAGUCAUGUUUUUUUCUUUUCUUCGUUAUGGUUGGUGGGGGCAGAACAAUUUGUGCAGACACCGAACGAAGAACAUCGCUCAACCACAGUGAUGAACCAAACCGGUACACUAAACCGGACAGACACCAUCAAGUGGCCUACCAUCAUCAUCUGCUUCAUCUUGGUCAUAACAGGUCAAUCCAUUGCAAAACUCCUCGAGAACUACUACUACCUCCAUACAACCAACAAACUGAAACGUCGAGCCACAUGGUUUCAAUCUCUCCUUCAAGUCAUCGGGUUCCCCUUCCUCCACACUCCUCUCUACUUCCUCCUUUAUCCCGACCCUAGGAAACCGAACCAACUUCUCCUUCUUCCGACCGAACCUCUCUCAGACUCCUCACCCUACUUUACCCUGGUAUCGGCGUGGGCAUGGUGUUUCACGCAAGACUAUACACCAAAGGUGAUGUAGCGGAAACCUUAUAAAAUAUAACUAGAGAUCCGUUGAUUCUUAAAAUACCCGGAAAACUAGGAUAAUCACAAAGAUCUUAUUUAGUCUAAAAAUACUUAAGAUCAAUGUCUUUUUUAAUUCGUUGAGAUCACCUAUGAUCUACCGAAAACAAGAAACAAAAGAGAAAUCUCUUAACUUUUAUUAAUAAUCAAUCAACUGAAUACAAACUUAAGCCUAAACGGCUAUAUAUAAGAAAACCUUAAAACCCUAAAACAAUAAAGAUAACUAUCUAAAUUUAAUAUAAUAUUCCAAAUAUCUUCCAGGCUAUGGUUUUAUGUAGUUUAUGAGUUGAUUGAUUAUUAAUAAAAGUUAAGAGAUUUCUCUUUUGUUUCUUGUUUUCGGUAGAUUAUAGGUGAUUUCAACGAAUUUAAGAAGACAUUGAUCUUAGGUAUUCUUAGAUUAAAUAAAAUCUUUGUAUUAUUCUAGUUUUCCGAGUAUUCUCAUAAUCAACGGAUUUCUAGUUCUAUUUUAUAAAAUUUCCGCUACAUCAGUUAGUAUUGAUAAACAUAUGGUAAUCCUCAUUUUGCCCUUCUUCAAGAUUCAUAUUCAAGUAAGAGUCUAUUCUAAUACUUCCAUCUACUGAUUCCGUAAAAUGCUUCUUAUGUUUUCUUGACAUUGCACACAUUUACAAUAAGCAAAUUUAGAAAACACAGAAAUGAGGUAUCUACUUCAGGGGAAAGUAACUAACCAUCUAAGACUUCAACGAAACCACCUUCAGUUAAGUUCUCAUAUAGUUCAUAAAGAUUACAAAUUUUGCUCAUUUUAUUUCAUGAUGAAUAAGUCAAGCUUAUUAGUUCACAGAUUUUCUAGUCAAUAUAUAUAUAAAUAAAUUGAAAAAAUCCCUUAGACCUUUAGUUUAGUCCAGAAACUAAACUUGUUUCUAAUUCAAGUAAAAGAAGUACUAACAUAUAUAGGCAUAUCUUGCACACACUUAAUUUGUAGGAUUGUGAUAUCACUCUUUAAUAAGUAGCCUAGCGAAAUAAUUUAUUAACAAACUAAAUUAUUCCUUAUGUUUUAUUUAAAAUAAAUAAUGUGUCAAAUAUCGAUACAAACAAUAUCUAUUUCUGUUUAUCAGCAAAAAGUAAUAUGGUUACUUUAUAAAACCGACAAAAUCAAGUUAUAUAAAGUACUUCUUUUGCAGGCUUUUACUUGUUUUGCUAAUUUCGCUACGUUACUAUAUCUAAAUAACCUUAUAUUUUUCCACUAUUUAUUUGUAGCUGUUUAAUAUUACAAAUCCAUAAUUUUAUACUGGAUUGGAAUGCGUUCACACGUCAAUUACUUAAUAGUGACAUAUUUUUUUAUAUUUCCCAAUCACGGAUACCCACUUAUCUAUCUCUCUUUUGUUAUGAGCAAAAUCUCACUUCUCUCUCUCUGUCUGCUGAUCUUACCAUCCUUUGUGCCAAAAAGAGAAGGGUCUCUCAAGAGACAAGUGUUAGGAUUACAAAGACAACACCAGCUUCCUCUUCUCGACACGACCCUCCGUCAUGUCUGCGCCAGCUAUGUCCUCUCCUUGCCAGUUGCCACGUUUUAAUACUCCCUUCCACUAUAUAUACACACACUUACAUUUCCUCAUGUCUUGCCUUGUCACUCACCAAAAGUCGUCAAAUAACAACUCCUUCGAGCUGUCAACAUCAGCAUAUGUCAUCCAUAGAACCAAACGUAAUGAUGGUUGGUGCAAAUAAGAAACAACGAACGGUCCAAGCUAGUUCAAGGAAAGGCUGUAUGAGAGGAAAAGGUGGACCUGAUAACGCGUCUUGCACAUACAAAGGCGUUAGACAACGCACUUGGGGCAAAUGGGUCGCUGAGAUCCGUGAGCCUAACCGAGGAGCUCGUCUUUGGCUCGGCACUUUCGACACCUCCCGAGAGGCUGCCCUGGCUUAUGACUCCGCAGCUCGUAAGCUCUAUGGGCCUGAGGCUCACCUCAAUCUCCCUCAGGAGUCCGUAAGAAGUUACCCUGAAACGACACAAACGCCAAGCAGCAACUCGGGUGGAAAAAGCGACUGCUGGGUCAACAAGGAGUCGCCUUGUUCAUCUAACGAGAUGUCAUCGUGGGGAACGAGAGAGGAGAUAUCAUGGGAAAAUAUGAACGCUGAUUUGCCGGUAACGGAUGAUUCUUCUAUAUGGGAAGAAGCUACAAUGUCGUUAGGGUUUCCGUGGGUUCAUGAAGGAGAUGAUAAUUUUUCUGCGUUUAAUACUUGUAUUUCCGGUGGCUAUUCUAAUUGGGAUUCCUUUAAUUUCCCCAUUUUCAGGUUUCACUAAACUCUCUUAAUUAUAAAGACCUUAUCAUAUACAAUACACAAAAUAUACGUAAAAUAAUCUGUGAUAGGAAUAUGUCUUUAAUAAGCAUACAGCAUGUGUAAAAUAUACAUCAGCUCCGUGUUAUAUAUAUGUACAUGUACAUGUGGUUGUCUGUAGUGUAAAGCAGAUUCUUUCGAUUGUUUGUCAAUCCGCCCCGCUCCGAAUCAUUUUUUUCGAUUCAAAAACUCAACCCGCAUAACCUGCACAACAAAAACUUUUAUAUCAGUAUCCGUUCUGCCAAAACUCGCGGGUAACCCGUCAAAUCUGCGAGUAAUAUUAAUUAUAUUAAAAAUAGUUAUUUUAAUUAAAAAUGAUUAUUUUCUAAUUAUAUAAUAAUUAUUUUUAAUUUAUAUAAUGGUUAUUUUUAAAAAAGCUAUUAAAAUAAUAUAUUUUUAAUUAAAAUUCUAUAAAUGUUUAUUUAUUUUUUUUUAUUUUACGAAAAAUGAUUUUUUGAAGAAUUUUUUUUUUUUUAAUUUGUGGAUUGGCGAGUAUCCGCGACUCAAAUUUGGCUGAGCCGCACCCGCUCCGCUCAAAACAAUCUCAAUCCGUACCUGCGAUUUAAAAAUUUCAAAUUGUUCGAUCCGCACCCGUUCCCCGACGGGUCAAAUGAGGCGGGACCCGCGGAUAAUAAUUCAAAUUUCCAGCUCUAAGUGCAAUGUAUUUUUUCAAUGAAAACGUGAAUUACGUUGUGUAACGGUCAGUGGAAGACUGCAUAUUUCUCUAUUUCCUGUGGGCUUUGCCUAUUGUCUCGUUUGUUGUGUUGUAUCUUUUUUGGUUGUUGUUAUCUCUUUCCAUCUUUUACCUUGGCUAACUUCACGUGUAACCUCUUGCGUUCCUUACUAGCACUGCAUGAUAAAUUGGUAAUGCACAUGUGGCUCGUUUGUGCGUGGCGCGACAAUAUAUCUUGGCCCAUAUUUACGGUAGCCACGUAGUCGUCGAUGCAAACACCAAAUCCUGAGCCAUAUAGCCCACUAACAUACACUAUAAUUUUGGCUGGAUACCUGAUGCACUCUCUGCUCAUAGAGGUAUAGUGGCAUAUGAAGAGAAAAUAUGAUUGAUAUUUUAAAAGUGUUUUUUGGUAAAAAUAUUUUGAUAAGUUGAAUUCAGUUUUGACCUUUUUAUUAAAAUUCAAUUUCAAGAUUAUGGAUUCUUGAAUAUUAAAUCAACUUUUAACAAAUCAUCCUUUUCUUACUUGAAUUCAGAUAAAACCUAUCCAAAUUAAAUAUCCUGACAGUGAUAAUAAUCGAAAGCAUAAAUGCAAAUUAUAACGUUCUAUUGAUGAUAGAAAAGCCAAGAAAAACCACAAGAAAUGUAAUAAAAGGCAUAAAUAUUUCAGCCAAAUAUAAUAAUAUUGAGAAGUCCCAGUCCAAAGUUCCCAUAGUCUUCAUCAUCACUAUCAUCAACAUCAUCAUCACCACCAUCCUCAUGAACAAUGAUGUCUCAUCCACCAUUUUCCCUCUCAAAAACCUUUCGUAGGUAAUUAAAUAUCAA